ACGGUCCCCACCAGUCGUCCUCCCCUUUCCGCAAACCAAAGUAGCUUCGACGGAGGGCCGUCAGCAGCAGUCACCCUCCGUCCCUCGAUCUCAUCCCCUGCCACUGAUUUCCCAUGCACUAUAUAUUCUUUACGACACCUGCACGUACAAAAGUCCAAAACUUCUUCUUUCCAGUCUUCUCUCUCUCUCUCUCUCUCUCUCUCUCUCCCCCCCCUCAUUUCUUCAAUGGUGCCUCUCAAACCUAACCAUCUUCUUAUUCUUUGUUUUUCUAACCCAUGAUUCCAAAACCCACCUGCGGAUCACACAAUCGAAUCCAAACCCGCCAAACCCCACAUGGGCCGAGACGGAAAUCGACCCAAUUCAGCUCCCCUUGUCCUAAUCGCCGGCAACUACUGCCACGACGUUUUAAUCAAAGACGGCGUCGUUUUGGCUGAGACUCUCGGCGGGGCCGCUUCCUUCAUCUCCAAUGUAUUCGAUGGAGUAUCCGUUCCCUACGAUUUGGUCUCCAAAGUCGGGUCGGACUUUGCUUACUCGGUCCCGCGUGACCCGAUUGUCAUACCCGAUUGCAAAACCACUCUCUUCCACGCGCAUUUUGAUUCCGGCGUCGGCGGUGACGAACACCAGGACCGGGUUCUGCAACGGGUAAGAGCUUGCGGCCCGAUUAGGCCCUCGGAUCUCCCCGAAACGAGGUUUGAUUUCGGAAUGGCGGUUGGGGUCGGCGGCGAGAUCACCGUUGAGACGGUGGAGAAGUUGGUUGAGACUUGCAACACUGUGUUCGUGGACAUUCAGGCUCUGAUUCGAGCUUUCGACGGAGUCGACGGGACUGUGAAGCUUGUGGGUUUGAAGGAGAGUGGAUUCUUCCAUCUCUUGCCUCGAAUUGGGGUUUUGAAGGCGUCGGCGGAGGAGGCAUUGCUUAUGGAGGUGGAGGAGGUGAGGAAGCUCUGCUGUGUUGUGGUGACGAAUGGGAGGCGUGGGUGUAAAGUUUAUUGGAGAGACGGUGAGGUGGAAGUUGCGCCUUUUCCGACGAACCAGGUUGAUCCGACGGGCGCAGGAGACAGUUUCCUUGGUGGGUUUGUUGCCGGGCUUGUUAAUGGCUUGACUGUGCCUGAUGCUGCAUUGCUCGGCAACCUUUUCGGGUCACUGACUGUUGGGCAAAUAGGAUUGUCCAAGUUUGAUUCCAAGUUGUUGCAGAGAGUUCGUGAAGAGGUGCAGAGGAGAAAAAUGCAGUGCGCUAAUUGCCACGAAAGAAAAGAUGACAGGUUUAAGUUUGUGAACAUAGCAGGACAUGAGCAAUUUCAUGCAUCCCUAGGAGCAGCUAAGCAGACAACAAAGUGCCUUGCUCAGGAACCUCAACGGGAUCUGCCAAGUUCUCCUCCCAAGUCAAUGGAACAGGGUGUCCUCCCUCAAUACGCGACACAGCCUAAAUUGUUGCCCGUCUCUGUCAAUGAAGAACCAGUUCAAAUCGUUGGCACUGCCGGUAAGCCAGGAUUCUCGACAGUGCAGCAGUGAAUUUCCUCAUCCAUAACCUUACGCGGGAUUGCGUCAUGUCGAAGAUGCGUGUAUCUUUACUGUUUAGAUCAAUGUAGAACCCCAAUGCAAAAAUAAAAGAAGAAACAAAGUUGCUUUC